CCGCUUCCUGGUUCUCAGAAAGAAGGAGCAGGGAGAGUCGGAGUGGGCCAGCGGAGGCAGCAGACAGCAGGGGGGUCAGAGCAGCCCAGAGAGCCGGCGGUCUGCAGAGAGAGAGAGAGAGAGAGAGAGAGAGAGAGAGAGAGAGAGAGAGAGAGAGAGAGAGACCAAGAAGAAAAAAACGCCGAGGCACGAUUUGGCGAAAAAUAAAAAGCUCCCGGGUGUCGAGCUGAGGACGGCCGGAGCGGAGACCCCCCCUACACCACCCCCCUCCAGCGGAGAAGAAAAGACAAGCGCUGGGAGUAUAAAAAAAAGAGAAGAAGAAUAAGAAGUAGAAGAAGUAGGCAGGGUGGGACGGAAUAAUCCAGGAAGUGUGGAGGCCGGUCAGGUGGGAGGCGACGAGUCUAAACAGGUGACACACCGGCACUCAGGUAGCCGCUUCACCUGACGGCUGCAGAUUUGACUGAAAACUAACACACCUGUGUGUGACCUCUGCUGACCUCUGAGCAAAGAACCAAAAGAGGAGGGGGGGGACGAGCGAGAGGCAGAAGAAAGCAGGCACCAUCUUCUCCUGGGUUUAUGGACUGGAGGUGGCAAUGUCUCCAGGAGAGGACGGUCUGAUUGGGAUCCCCUUCCCGGAGCACAGCAAUGAGCUAUUGUCCCACUUGAAUGACCAGAGGAGGGCAGGGCUCCUGUGUGACCUCACCCUGACCUCCCGUGGAGCACGCUACCCAACUCACCGCUCCGUCAUGGCCGCCGUCAGUCUCUACUUCCGGCGGCUGUUCGGGGCGGAGGAGGGGGGUGGUGAAGGUGGAGGUGGUUUCAGCGUGUGCCAGCUGGACUGCGUGGCACCCGACGCCCUGGAUGCCCUGCUGGAGUUUGCCUACACUGCCACCCUGACCAUCCCCAGCUCUGGGAUGAGAGAUGUGCUGCGAGGAGCUCAGCUUCUGGGCAUCCAGUGUGUGGCUGACGCAUGCAGAGACAUCUUGGGGGAGACGGCGGAGGCAGAGGGGGAGACCGCAGAGGAGCAGAGAGCCCAAAACACAGCUACUGAGAGGAUUUCACAGGGAGAGAGCAGGGUAAUGAAAGGGUCCCGAAGAAAAACAGACAAAAAGAAGGUGAAAAAAGUUGGGCCACAUCACAUUAACUCCUCUGUUUUAAACCCACCGCCUGCUUCUCCUAUCUCGCACCCUUCACCUGCCUCCGACAGCUUCCGCUCCCUGCCGUCUACCCAGCCACCAAGCCCCGAACAGGAGGAUCUUCACCACAAAUCUGGGCAGAAUGGAGAUCCCAGGGGGAUCAGAGAGCCCGGAAGAAGGGCCACACUAAAUGGAGGGCUCCUUCACUGGCUCCAUGAGCGCCCCCGUAUAGCCCACCCACCUCCGGUCCCGCCCUUGAAUGACAAGCUGUCAGAGGAUGAUGACAUGGAGGGUUUCGGCGAUGAUGGUAUGCUGAUGGGAAGCACCUCUAUGCCUACUUCUGUAGCUGAACGAGGAGCCGCGGUGUCAGCAGUGGGAGGUGGGAGGAAAAGGAAGUCUCAAACCCCCCAGCAGUGCCCUGUUUGUCAGAAGAUCAUCCAUGGAGCGGGAAAACUGCCCCGACACAUGAGGACACACACUGGAGAGAAGCCUUUCCAGUGCUCUGCCUGCGGAGUCCGUUUCACCAGGAAUGAUAAAUUGAAGAUCCACAUGAGGAAGCACACAGGCGAGCGCCCCUACCCCUGCCCGCACUGCCCUGCUCGGUUUCUCCACUCAUAUGACCUCAAAAACCACCUGUCCCUCCACAGCGGGGCGAGGCCCUUCGAGUGCCCACUCUGCCACAAGGCCUUCGCCCGAGAGGACCACCUCCAGCGUCACCGCAAGGGACACAGCUGCCUGGAGCUGCGCACACGGCGGCCCAGACGUGGGCCCGAGCAUGGGGAGGAUGGAAGAGGGGAUGGAAGCGGAAGGGAGCAGUCCAACCCACUGGAGGCUCUGUCUUUACAAGCCCACUCCUCUGCAUUCCUCCCACACACGGUGCUGGAUGGUGGGAGCGGGUCCGGACCACCGCUGAUGUUUCCGGCUGAUGUAGAGAGGGAGCGGUCUUUCGCCCUUCAAGCUUUGGCUCAGCUUGGGCCUCGCAGGCUCGCCGGCUACCCUGAGCUCUUCCUGCGAGGUCUGGAGCUGCGAGGGGGCAGAGAGGCCGAGGGAGAAGAUCCAGGAGGAACCCACUCGCCGGCUUCGCAGCGUGACCGAUGGGCAGAUGACGUGGAAGAGGAGAUUGGAGAAGAGGAAGCAGAGGAAGAGGAAUAGUGAAAAGAGAGAGAGAGAGAGUGUGUGUGUGUAUACGUGUGUGUGUGUCUGUGUGGUAAAGCAUCCACAGUAAAAAAAAAUCUCACUCAGGUGGCUGGACUAAUGACCUGCUGCUCCAAUAUAGAGAGCGCUUAAAAAAAUAAACAACUAAAUGAUAAAAAAGAAAAAAAUGGAAAACGGGUUUUCUGAGAUAUUUUAAAUGUUUGUCUUCUGGCUCUUGGCAUUUGAUUUAAUUUGUCUUUUGAAUUUUAUUUCUCGUUUGCUGUUUAUUUUUAUGUGUUUUUUCUGGUUUGAGAUGUUUGAUUUGAUUUUUGUAGCUGGACAUGCGUAUGUCGAGUGUGUGGUUACUGGGAUGCUUUUCACUAUGCAAACUAAAAUCCAGAGCUGCGACAUAUAUGGAUAUUUGAAGAUGUAUAUUUUAGUUACAACAUAAAUAUAUUGAUUCAGGUGCAAUUCAGAAGUCAUAUCGCCUAGAUCACAAGAAUGAGUUUGUGUGGCCACUGUCCUCUGGUGGUUAUCGGUGGAAAUGCAGUCUAAUUAUUCCAACUUGUUCUGUACAUUGUAAGCAAUAAUAUUCUUUGUGUCUUUUCUUGUUUGUGGUAGAAUCUUUGCUUUUGAUUUGGUGCUUAAACCAAAGAUUUUAGUUGAACUGUUCUCUUAAAUCUUAAGUUAACAGGAGAGGAGAGAGGUGAAUUGUAGCCAAUGUUGGGUCUGAAGAAAAGAUUCUUCCCAACUGUUUUGAUAGCCAUGAGAAAGAAUCUGCUUCCAUAUUUGAGUGUUUCAGAGCCCUAGAGCUCUGAGUUAAAUGCCUGACCAAAAGAGACAAAGUCUAGGUCGAUGAGUUGAUGUUGAUUAUGUUAAGACGAUUCUUCUUUUUUCCCAAAGGCUGUGGAUUUCAGUCUUCCAAUGCACUCGUUUGGAUUCCUCGUUUGAAAAAAAAAAAAGAUAGAAAAGGAGCAAGUUGAGGGGACGAAUGGCUUGCCCCCUUUUUUUUCUGUACUUAUUUAUUUAUUGUUAUUUAUUAUGACUCUUUUGCUGAAACUCCUUUGUGAGACCAAAUCCAGGGUUGGGCACAAAUCACAGUCCACUUCUCGUCUAAGUCUUACAAGAAGCUGCAUAGCGCUAAAGAUUUUGGCUCAACAUCUCCGUAUACCUAAACGCCUUUUUAUGGGCUGCGUGUCUUCUUUUGGCGAUUCUUCCUCGAAUGCAAUCUUUGCACAUUUAACCCCGUCAGGUACUGCAAUAAAACAGGCACAUUCCAUCCUCCGGGGUUGAUAGAAGGGAACAGAGCAAAGAAGAAGUCAGGAGGGGGGGUUUACAACCCUCGAUGUAACUGGAACACAAAAUGACUUUUGCUGUUUGACAUUUUUCAGCACGCUUCUCUGUUUUUAAUUCAACAUGUAUAGUACUGUAUCACAUGUUAUUGCAUGGCAGUUCUUAUAGAUCGGCCACCGAUGUGUCUAAAGGGGCCAUUAUCUUUUGAGUUAAUCUAUCUUCGACCAAAAACCUUUUUAGCUUCAUCAUGCUUUCCAUGGACCAGUGCAUUAAGGCCUUUGCAGGGUGUAAUGCAAUCAUUAAUGGCUUUAAGUGACAGCAGUCGUCUUUUUAUUUCCAAUUCUCUUGAAACUCACGUAGUCAGAACCUGGUGUAGCAGUCGCGCUGGUCUGGCCUUGUGUGCACUAUCCAUUCCUUCUUGUGUAGUAAACCUUUUUUUUAUUUCCAGUUUAUUUGCACUAUGAUAUUUGAGAGCUUCAAGCCUUUUUGUCUGACCGUCAAUAUCUAGUCCAUUAACUCACUUGGUACAAUUUAAGAUUGUGAUUGAAAUUGACUAUACUUCUUUAAAACCCACAUACGUUGAAUACUCUUCCUCCUGCAUAAUGUACAGUAAUAGUCAAUAUAAUAUAUAUUGGGAUGAAGUUGCCUUAGAUUUUUUUUUGUGCUGCAACUAUUCUCAGGAAACCUUGAGCAAUGCACUAAGUGAUUAUACAAAACAUAAAAUGGGAAGAAAUUGUUUGGUGCUGUAGGGCGAUUGACACCCUUCAUGUAAGUGUAAGACCAGUAGUUUCAAAAUAAGAGAUUUUGUAGAUUUUGUAUCGCAUGAUUUGACAUUUGAAAACCAAAUUAAUUAAACCUAUUAUGAGAUUAAAAAAAUAGGGAAAUAAUAGUGACGUAAGUAAACUACUGGCCUUACUGGAACCAGUCGUACUGGAAUGGCAGUAUGACGGUUGGUCCUGUUCAUGAAGGGCGUUGGUGUUCCCAGUCAGAGCUUUGUGAAUGAAUGAGGGUUAACUGAUGCCAGCUGUGAAGUGUGUGUGUGUGUUUCUAUAUGAGCUGUUUGUUUUCUUGGCUUUGGUGAAGGGACAUGGGGUCCGGUCUGAGCAGAGGACCCCGCUAUCAGGGAUACAUUUUUGUUUUUCAGUUUUUAGUGGAACCUUCUCAGAGAUAUGAAUUAAUUUUCCCAUCAUUUGUUUCAGUUAAUGUAAAGAAAAUAAAUAAAGAUCUCUAAGCUUGC